GUGUCCCAUACGGGUAUCUGCCUUGGAGAGACUGAGCAGAGGCGGGAAAUGGCGCCUGGUAACACAACGAUUUGUCGUUUCAGAGACGGCCCUUGACUAGAUAUACAGAAAAAGUCGGAUCAAAUCACGAAAACAACCACUGCUUCUGUUGUGAUGGUUAAUCGGUCUUGAGUCGUUAUCGCCAGACACUGCGGAUCACUAAACCUUACAUGUGACUGCUAAAACAAUGAGGCUGAGAAUGCGUAAGGCGUCUCAGCAGCCGAACCCCAGUCUGGCAAGCCGCCCAUCCCGUACCAAGCGAAAGCAUUCAGAAGUAGAAGAGGACACUCCUCCUAGUGGAGGGAGGGGAUUGUUCUCCACCAUCAAGAAGUUCAUCAGAGGAAAUGCUGUUAAGGUGCAACAGGAGAGCCCAGCCAAGAAGACACGCCUCCACUGUGAUGUGGACAACAACCUGAUCACCUCUGCAACCCCGGACACCAACACCCCCUGCAGGACUAUCGGCAGGGUUGGCAGGAGGGGCUCCCUCAAUGGACAGGCAACCAAUCAUGACAGGAGUAAGGAGAAGCCCAAUGGCAGUCUGGAGGAGACGACGACAGCCGUUGAUUUGCCCACCAGCCCUGUCAGAACCACCCUUCUUGGGACCAUCUUCUCCCCUGUUUUCAACUUUUUCUCACCAGCUAAAAAUGCCUCCACUGGCUCGGAUUCCCCGGAUCAGGCAUUGGAGGCCGAGGAGAUUGUCAAGCAGCUGGAGAUAGAGCAAGCUGUGGAGGCACCCACCAGCACAGCCACAUCCACACAGGAACUAUGUGCCACCACUAACUUCUACUCUAGUGUAUCACAGCUGCCACCUAUGCGACCUCCGCACAUCCCCGAGGCAUCUCCCACAGCAGGGCAGGGAGAGCUCUGUGCUAAUGCCGAUCUUCCACCCCUCACAGCUCCAGGCUCCAGUCCAGAUAUGGCAUAUGUGGACUCUCCUCCUGUCGCAGUACCACCAGAGGCAACCUAUGAGGAAGAUUGGGAAGUCUUUGACCCGUAUUUCUUCAUCAAGCACGUCCCUCCACUGACAGAAGAGCAGCUCACUCGUAAGCCAGCCUUACCACUGAAGACACGCAGCACGCCUGAGUUCUCUCUGGUCCUAGACCUGGAUGAAACGUUGGUUCACUGCAGUUUAAAUGAGUUGGAGGACGCAGCACUUACCUUCCCUGUCCUCUUUCAAGAUGUCAUUUACCAGGUGUAUGUGCGCCUGAGGCCGUUCUUUAGAGAGUUUCUGGAACGCAUGUCUCAAAUCUAUGAGAUCAUCCUUUUUACAGCCUCUAAAAAGGUGUAUGCAGACAAACUGCUCAACAUCUUGGAUCCUAAAAAGCAGCUAGUGAGACACAGGUUGUUUCGUGAGCAUUGUGUCUGUGUCCAGGGAAACUACAUCAAGGACCUCAACAUCUUGGGCAGAGAUCUGUCAAAGACCAUCAUCAUCGACAAUUCACCGCAAGCCUUUGCAUAUCAGUUGUCCAAUGGCAUUCCCAUCGAGAGCUGGUUCAUGGACAAGAACGACAAUGAGCUGCUGAAGCUGGUGCCCUUCCUGGAGAAGUUGGUUGAGAUGAAUGAGGAUGUGCGGCCGCACGUUCGAGAGAGGUUUCGGCUUCACGACUUGUUGCCCCCUGAUUGAAUCCGACCAGUCUCUCAGAACGGGACAACAUGAAAAAAGACUGAAAAUGUGUGUGUAAAAAGGCCUUCUUUGGAUUACAAAAAACAACAUUGCCAUUACUGUUAAAAUUUUUAGCCGUUUUCUUUCUCUUUUUUUUUUUAUCCACAUUUGCUUUUAAAGAAAAAAAAAAAAAAAAAACUUGAAAAGAGGAACAUUUUUAAAAUCUGGGUGAAAUUUUCUAAAUGUAUAGAUGAAAUUACACGCGCUAUGAACAAGCCCAGGUAAUUUCCUCCUUUUGACUGACUCUCCAGCUGGAUAUAUCCUCCACACUAAAUUCUGAAGUCUUGGUGCUGGUUUAGUGGAAAUAAAAAAGCCACCUGGUAAAGAGGAACUCCAUCCCGACCCGAGUCCCUGAACACAAACCCACCCCUGGUGCUCACGCUGUUUGCGCUGACUAAUAACCACACUCUGUGGCUACAGAACAUUUUCAGCAAGAAUGACUGGCCUGUAAAUCAAUCUGUGCAUGUGUGUUUGUUUACUCCUGGCCACACACACACACACUGAUUUGGUGUUUGACAAACCUACAAUCUGUAGCCUUUAAAAUCAUAUGCAUUCCUCCGUAGCCGAGUCAAGUUUCUAUUGUUGGUUGCAGUUUUUUUUUUUCUGGUAAAACUGGUGUUUCAUUGUUCAAAAAAAAAAAAAAAGAUAGCGUUUCAAAAUGUUUUACUUCUGUUUGUAAGAUAUGAUGUUUUAAAAGGGUUCGUGUACGUUUUUAUUGUAAGCCUUUUUUUCUAUUAGGAGAACAUGGGUGCAUAUUAACGACAGUCCACUGCAUAGUCAAACAAAAUGGAAUUAAUCCAGGACUUUAAGUAUAGUUUGUUCUCGUUCUUACAAAUAGAGGUUUAAAUCGAUGUGUUGGCUUCACUGUGGACACAAAAUGGCUCCUUAAUUAAAUGUUAAGAUUAAGAAUCUCCUUACCUGUGAAUCUGACAUAUUGUAAAGGUUUGAGGGCAUUCAUUUUCAAAGUGAUCUGUGUCGAUGUUAACCUUUUCUUUAAUAGUAUUUGAUUUCUCAUUUGUCUAUAAUCAGUAUUGUCUUUUUCUCCUAAUCAAGUAUUCUGGCUGAAAUCAGAGCUCUGUUUCUUUUAGUUCUAAUGUGUGAUUUGAUGGCUAUAUCAGUAGCAUUAUGACUAAUGUAGCACAUCUCUGCCAGUGUGUCAAAGUCUGCACAUGGUAGAAAUCUAUGGACAGACUCUGUACCAGCCAUAUCUGGCACCAGCAACAUACUGUUUUAACAGUCGGCUUCACUGGCUGCUCCUCUACCUGUUUCAUAUUUUUUACUUUUACUUUAAGUUUUUUUGUUAUGUUUAGUGCAGUUUAAAGCAUCGUGUUUAAGAAUGGUAACUAUAUGAAUGUGUUUCUGCCUGACAUCAGCCUGGACACUCGAGCCAAACUGACAUUUUACUCCUCUGUUGUUUCAACUUAAUUUAUUUAAUAGUGAGACAAGCAGUAGGCAGAAAUGUAGAUGUUUUGUUGGCAUCCUUACAAGCCUAAACCUGGGAGGUAAAGAUGGAAAGCUAAUGCUAAUGCAGAUGCCUGACUCUUCUGUCAUCGCCCAACACUCGAGUUGACUUGAAUUUCUGUGACAAUUUGGCAUGCGUUGUUGAACCAUUUUUUUUGUUCUUGUUGAGUUUGAAGCAAAGUGCGUUUUAUGUUAAAGCAAAUGUGAGUGUUUGGAUUUGUCUAGGUUGCCUGUACAGUGCCAUACGAUUCCUCUCCUUACAAAUCACCCCCCAAUGGCAUUUCAUGCGCUGUCACCACAAGAUGCUUAGAUGGAAAGAGACAAUCAGACCUCAAAGUCCUGUUCUGCAGACACUGAACCCUGGAGACACCCAGCCUUCCCCUAUUAUUUUUCUUCGGUGUGCUGUAUGUGUUGUGUAGUGUGACCGACCCUGACCCCCCCCCCCCCCCCCAUGAGUAAAAUAGCCAGGUGAAUCCUACUGUUCCCGGCCCAAACAAUCCCUGCUGCUCACUUAACGCAGAUGGUUUCUAUCUGUUCAGCGCUCUCUUAUCUUUGCCUCCCCCCCCCCCCCCCCCCUAGCACCCACCCGAAGAUGGUAGCUCUCCUGAAAUUUAAAUUUGUAUUAAAGUAAAAAUUUGUUACAGGGCACAAUGGUGUUUGCUCAGACUUAAUGUUAUGAGUAGACAUGUCCGGACUAUGAAUGUAAAUUGUACAUGGGGUGAAGUCUUAAGUGUCUUUCCGAAAUCCUUGUUUGGUUCACUCCUCAUCAUCUAGAACAAAAAAGACGAGGAGGGAUAGCAGCUCGUGUCAGCCGUUCACAUGUUGGAGAGGAGGCCAGAACAAUGUGCAUGGAAGAGGAAACAUGUCUUGAGGUCCCACCAUGGUAGCCCCCUCCCGACCCCGAUGACCUCUCACCAUCCUGAUUGCUGUCUUUCAGUAUGCAAGCCUCAUCAUGAGUGUGCGAUGUUGCUCAGGUGUGCUCGUCGCCUCAGCGCGAUUCUGUAUAAUUAUCAGUCAUGGCUUGUUUCAGUGGGAGGCAUUUGAUGCAUUUCAUCCAGCUCAUUUUUAUGUGCAUUACAAGUUUAUUGUACACUGAGUGUUGUACAAUACAUGCAGCUUCAUGUUUAAAAAAAAAAAUCCUUAAAGUAAGGAAAAUCUUUAGUAUUUUCGAUUUCAAAAGGCAUGUCAUAUCUACUUUUUAAAUGUAUUAAUGAAGAUUUAACUUUACAUCAGAUGGAGUGUUUUUUUUUUCUUACAAAAAAUAUCUGUAUGUUUAGUUUAGCGCAAUGUCACUGAACUGUUAAACUUAGCAUGUAGAGAAUACCGCUUGCUUUGUGGGAAAGUCCUAAAUUAAAUUUUAAUCAUGGCACUUUUUCCUGCAGAAAAAAAGCAAACGUGUUAAUGAUUUUGUUUUCUUCCAAUAUCGGUUAAGCCAUUUUACUUGCAAGAAUUGCUAUUUGUGCUGAAGAUGUAUUUAAGUGUUUUAAGACAUCUUUGUACGCCGUCAGGCUUUGUGCUAUUGUAAAGUGUAUAUACAGUUACAUUGAAUUUCUGAAACAAAGUUUUAAAGUUAAAAACA